GUAGGGAGGGGUUAGUCGCGUGGAAAUGUGCGUGCGCUGGUGUGUGAGACGAACUGUGCUGGAAGGUGUGAAACAGUUUUAUGGCGAGAGAGGUGGCAUCAAGAAGGAGAAGUGUAAGUGAAGAAAAGGAAGAAUAUCUCCAUCCUGAUUGGAGACUGACAAGCUUCAGAUGAUGUUGCUGAGCCUUCUUUCUGGUUUGAUCAUGGGAGCGGCUGUCCUCUUUGUUCUUUACCGCUGGGUGAUCCCCACGGCUGUGCAGUAUCAUGGAGGACUGGCGCUACUGUGGCAUGAUAUCAUCGUGGAGCGUGCACUGGACACCUUGACCCGGACUUCACGUCCUCAACGUAUUCUGAAGGCAGUGCAAAGGAAAGCCACUGUAGGAGACCCCCAGAGUGUGAUCACAGCCAUCGACCACUUCUGCAGGCAUAGAGAAUGGGCCAUGAAUGUGGGGGAUGAGAAAGGCUCCAUUCUGGACUCGGUGGUCAGUGAAGUGAGUCCAGUCACUGUCUUGGAGUUAGGCACUUACUGUGGCUACUCAACAGUACGCAUAGCCCGCCUAUUACCCCCUGGAGCCUGUGUCAUUACCUUGGAGUUCAACCCAGAUUAUGCUGCCAUUGCUCGUCAAGUCAUCAAAUGGUCAGGACUGGAAGAUAAGGUGCAGCUAGUGGAGGGAGCAUCAGGAGACUGGAUCCCUUGGAUGAAGGAGCAUUUCGGGGUACAGGCGUUUGACUUAGUUUUCCUGGACCACUGGAAAGAGCGCUACCUUCCUGACACAAAACUGCUGGAGGAGUGUGGUCUCAUACAGAAAGGCACAGUGCUGCUGGCAGACAAUGUAAUCUGCCCAGGAACCCCUGACUAUCUGGAGUACGUCCGCAACAGCCCUCGCUACAACAGCCACUACUACAGAUCCCACCUGGAGUACACCAAAGCAGAGGACGGCUUGGAGAAGUCUGUGUUCUUAGGAUACUAGCCAAACAUUGAACCUCUUGUUUUAAAACACUGUAACUUUCUUGGUAAUGUAUUUUUUUGUUUUGUUUCAAUUUUAAGCGCUGCCUUAUAUCUGAGUUAUGACAUACUGUAACUUACCGUGCAAAGCAUUUCUUUCCCUGUAUGAUUUAUCUAGAGUAAACCAAUAUGUCUUUGAAAAGUAUUUCUGUGUGUUUUGACUUUGUCACAAUGCUAUCUAGCUAUGCAAAUUGUUAAAAUGUCAGGUCUUAACAGUUACAUUUAGUGCUGUCAGUUUUACCGCUGCCGGAUUACGGUAGUGUGAUGUCAAACAUGGAUCUAAUACAGUAGGUGGCAGUAGUGUGCCUUUUUAGAGAUUCCAAUCAAACAACUGAAAAGCAGCUUGCAAAGUGGCCCCAUCAUAACUUCAUAGCAUGUAUAGUCUUCUUUCCGGUAUAGACAGACAGAAAACGGACUAAAAUCUUACACCAUAUCUAGCAACUGUAAAUAAUUAUUUAUGUUUUGUUAUGAAUCUGUAUCAGGUCGACGUUUAGUUAUUAAAGAUUCUGUGAGAAAGGUC